AUGAAAUCCAAGUUAUUUUUACAACCAUCGAAAACCAAAAGCGGUUUGGCUGAAUUUCGUGGUGGAAUUUUGGAAGGCCUACUUAAUAUUUCCACAGUGCAUGGUUUGAAUAGAGUUUUUUCGAAAAGCUCCCACGUCAUAGAGAGGUUACUUUUCAUCAUUGGCUUUGUGACGGCCUGCCUAGUUUUUGCCGAUGUUACGCGUGAGAUUGGUUUCAUCAAUAAACAUUAUCCUCUGAAAACUGUUAUUGCCGAUCUUCAUUAUCCUGUUUUCAAAAUUCCCUUUCCGGAAAUUAUCAUAUGCAACAAAAAUCGUCUCAAUUGGCAGAGGUACAAUGAGGCCAAGCAGAAAUUUCUUCAGCAAAGACAUUGGACGCCAAAACAUGAGCAACUUUUCAUAGACACUCUCAAUGCCUAUGAUACUCUAAGUUUUGGCAAAUUUGACAAUUUUGGCAACAUUUCCAAUUUGUAUCCACCCAUUCUGUUGAAUGAAUUGAAUUAUUUGAACUUCUCUGUCGUGGUGAAAUUUAUGGCCUGGCAAUGCCAGGAAAUUUUCUCCGAAUGCUUUUGGCUAAAUCGCCCGUAUGAUUGUUGUGACAUAUUCUCACUGCGCAAAUCCAGCAAGGGAUUUUGUUUGGCCUUUAAUUCCAUGGAAACGGAAGAGGGUAAGCGUAGGGGUAAAAAUGAUCCUUACUAUCCCUGGCGUAGUUGGGGCAGGGGCUCACGUCAUGGACUGAAGCUUCGCAUAUUUCCCAGAAUACAUCAGCAUUCACCGGGCAGUGUUGAAACCAAGGGGAUAAUGAUGAUGUUGGUCGAACCCUAUGUAUGGUCCUAUAUAGGCAAUGAGAUAGGUGUCAAUACACGUGCCAUGGUAUCCAUAUCGGCUUUUCUGCAUUAUUUCGAUUCGACCACACGCAGGUUUCCUUCGCAUAUAAGAAAAUGUGUUUUUGAGGAUGAGUUGGAGAGUAUGUUUUACAAAUCCCUAAUCAAUCAUCGUUAUAUGUUUGAAAACUGUCAGGCCGAAUGCCAACAGGAAUAUUUGUUGAAAUUUUGCAAUUGCACUGUGGAUAUAUUUUUUCCACCAGAUAAGUACAGAGCAUGUCGUUUGAGCGACUUGCCUUGCUUAUAUAAACAUAAUGAUUUUUUACAAGUUUUCGAACAACUGGGCGAGCAUGAAUAUGUAACCCAACAUGUAAAGGGCAUGGCUUGUCCCUGCUUUUACAAUUGCAAAUCCUUGAGUUACUUUACGGAUAUUCGACAAGAAAAUUUGGGAAAUAAAGCUGAGUUGGAGGCUAAUGAAACCGAAAUUCGAUUGGAGGUUUACUUUUUAUGGGAAACCAUAAAACUGUAUGAGACCACAGCAGUUUAUACCCUAAUUGACUUGAUGGCUUCCUUGGGCGGCUUGGCCAGCCUUUGCAUUGGUUGCUCUCUAGUGGGAGUCAUGGAGUUGUUAUAUUUUUUGUUCUUGAAUGUACCAAAGCGUAUAGUUUUAUGUUCCAUAGCUGCGAGGCGUGUCAAAAGUAUUCCCAAGAAAAUGGUGAAAACAAAGAAGGUUUUGUUUCACAAGAUUACGCCGGCAAUGCCCUUAAAUAAGCGUCGCAGUGCCUGA